UACUGCCUGGCAGUGCUGCUGAGAGGGGAGGAGGUUUCAGUUUACAGGCGCAUACCACACUGAACAACACUGAAAUACACCUAAAAACACAGGCUAACCGGCCGUCGGACUACACCGUCAACCGAACCCCAACUUCGGAUCUUGUCGGACACUAACAGCCGCAGAUUGUGGAUUUAAAUUUUCUUUUUUUUUGCCCUGUAAAAUGUGGGAAUGCUUUCUCCUCUUUUUUUCCGUGGUAUGUGGAUUCUGGGAGCGACCAUGUUAUUAGGCAGGUGAUAAAAGGAGAAGCCGGCUGUUCUAUCCCAGCUUAAAGAAGACCCAGGAUAGAAGCUGAGAGAGUUGGAGGGGGAUUCGCCACUACCAAGGGAAAAUCAGCAUGAAUGUGCCUCUGUACAACUGACGAGCAGAACUGGAAUGAUAUCUUGACCCUUUUUCCUGGAAGUGACCAAGUUAGCGAUGAGCGGGGGAAUAUAAUGGCCAAGAACAAGGAUGCGCGGCCCCCGUCAUUCGCCGUCAGUGUGGUUGGCCUCUCAGGGACGGAGAAAGAGAAGGGAAAUUGUGGCGUUGGCAAGUCCUGCCUAUGCAACCGGUAUCUUCGCCCCAAUGCCGACGGCUACUACUCGGAGCACACCUCGGUGCUGAGCACAAUAGACUUUGGGGGACGUGUGGUUAACAAUGACCACUUCCUGUAUUGGGGGGAGGUGUCCCACCGAGGGGACGACGGGUUGGACUGUAAAAUACAAAUCAUCGAACAAACGGAGUUCAUCGAUGACCAGACGUUUCUUCCGCAUCGGAGUACGAACCUGCAGCCGUACACCAAACGGGCGGCGGCAACCAAGCUCCAGUCGGCAGAAAAGCUUAUGUACAUCUGCACGGACCAGCUGGGCUUGGAGCAGGACUUUGACCAGAAGCAGAUGCCCGACGGGAAGCUGAACAUCGACGGCUUUUUGCUCUGUAUCGAUGUUAGCAAGGGUUGCAAUAGGAAGUUUGACGACCAAAUGAAGUUCGUCAACAGCAUCUACUCCCAAAUUGUCAAGUCAAAGAAGCCCAUUGUCGUUGCUGCCACGAAAUGUGACGAGGGUGUGGACCAGCACCUGAGGGACCUGCAAGCCUUUGUUGCCAGCAAGAAGAACCUGCUGCUAAUCGAGACGUCGGCGCGCUCCAACGUCAACGCAGAGGUCUGCUUCAAUGCCCUCAUCCAGCAGCUGGAUAAAACGAGGGGGAAGCCAAAAACUGUGCCAUACCUGGAGGCAUAUAAAGUGCAACGGCAGCUUGUCGCCUCAGUAACGGAUAGAUUUGAGAAAUUGAUAGUGCACACCGUUAGGGAUUACCACAUCACGUGGAAAACGGUGAUCAAUAAUAUGAAGGGCCAGCCUGACUAUGACCAGUUCAUCACCUUGGAGGGCUCCAGGAAAGCACGCAACAUGUUCACAAAGCACAUUGCACAACUGAAGCAGGAGCACAUCAAGAGGCGGAGGGAAGAAUACCUGACAACACUACCGAAAACCCUUAACAACCUCCUCAAUAACCUGGACGAGGUCGAACACCUCUCUUGGCCCGAGGCACAGAGUGUGAUCCGGAACCGGCCGGAUUUCCAGUACUGGUUUGUGGUCCUGGAACAGACGCCGUGGGAUGAGACGGACCACAUUGCCAUGAGUGACCGCAGGAUACCCUUCGACCUCCUCGACACGCUCGACGGUGAGAAAAUUUACCAUAACCACGUCCAGCACUUGCUCUCAGAGAAGAGAAGGGUGGAGAUGAAGGACCGGUUCAAGAAGACGCUGGAUAGGGUUCACUUUAUCAGUGCAGGGCAGCCUUGGGAGGAAGUCAUGUGCUUUGUCAUGGAGGACGAGUCCUACAAGUACAUCACAGAAUCAGAUAGGAGGGAUGUUUACUGUAGACACCAGCAGGAAAUAGUUGAAAGGGCCAAAGAGGAUUUUCAGGAAAUGCUUUUUGAGCACGCUGAGCUAUUCUAUGACUUGGAUCUGAAUGCCACCCCCAGCUGUGACAAGAUGAGCGAAAUUCACUGUGUGCUGAAUGAGGAGCCAAGAUACAGAGCACUGCAGAAACUUGCCCCAGAUAGAGAGUCGCUCCUCCUCAAACACAUUGGGUUUGUUUACCAUCCCACGAAGGAGACAUGCCUGAGUGGGCAGAACUGUGUGGAUCUGAAAGUGGAGCAGGUUUUAGCAAACAGGCUGGUGCAGCUCGACCACGGCCGCUCUAAUCUCUACUAUAACAGUGCCAACAUCGAUAAGAUCAAUCUCUGCCUCCUGGGAAGGGAGGGUCUCUCACAGGAACUAGCCAAUGAGAUCCGAGCUCAGUCCACAGACGACGAGUACACCCUGGACGGUAAAAUUUACGAACUGGAGCUUCUGGCCGUGGAUGUCAAUUCCACGCUGCUCUUCAGCCACACGUGGGUCACCACCUUCAAGCCACAUGGCUGCUUUUGCGUUUUCAACUCCAUCGAGUCCCUCAACUGUAUUGGAGAUUGCAUAGGCAGGAUCAGAGCGGAGAUGGCACAGAGUCGGAGAGAUAGGUUUGCUCAGCCGCUACCUUUCAUUCUAAUCUUGGCGAAUCAGAGGGACAGUGUUUGCAAAAACAUACCCAUCCUGAGGCACCAGGGCCAACAGCUGGCAAACAAGUUGCAGUGCACCUUUGUCGACAUCCCCUCCGGGGCCUUUCCACGUAAAUUCACAGAGUUCCAAAUUAAGCAGGGUCUCCGCGCAGCGCUGGAUGGGCUAAAGCAUAACUUUGAUGUCUUGGCCCCACUGCCCUCUAUCAAAGACAUGUCAGAGACGGACCUCAGGAUAGUCAUGUGCGCCAUGUGCUGGGAUCCUUUCAGCGUCGACCUCAUCCUCUCGCCUUUCCUGGACUCGCAGUGUUGUAGCGCGGGUCAGCCGGGCCAGAGCAACACACUGAUACUGGACAAGAUCAUCGGGGACAGCAGGAGGAGGAUCCAGGUCACCGUCCUCUCCUACCACACUGCUAUCGGGGUCCGCAAAGACGAACUGGUGCACGGAUACAUUUUGGUCUACUCUGCCAAACGCAAGGCUUCUAUGGCGACCCUGCGGGCCUUCUUGGCCGAAGUCCAGGACGUGAUCCCCGUCCAGAUGGUGGCCAUUACAGACAGCCAGGCAGACUUCUUUGAGAAUGAUGCCAUCAAGGAGUUGAUGACGGAAGGGGAGCACAUUGCCACAGAGAUUGCCGCAAAGUUUACGGCACUCUACUCGCUGUCGCAGUAUCAUCGGCAGACGGAGGUUUUCACACCCUUUUUCAAUGAAGUGCUGGAGAAAAAGCCGAACAUUGAGAGCUCCUUCCUGUAUGACAGCUCGUCACGUGAGUGCACCACUGGUGCCAGUGAAGACGUCUUCCCCACCUCGCCCCAUAGCCACUCCCCGGCCUACAACACCUAUUACCCAGAAUCUGAUGACGAUAACGAGGCCCCACCACCGUACAGUCCAAUAGGCGAUGACGUUCAGCUUCUCCCCACACCCAGCGAGCGGGCCAAGUACCGCAUCGACCUAGAGGGCAACGAGUACCCGGUCCAUAGCACGCCUGUGGGAGACCAUGAACGCAACCACAAAGUGCCUCCACCUGUCCGGCCCAAACCACUGCUCCCCAAACCUAAUGUCAAAAAGCUAGAUCCCAACCUGCUUAAAACCAUCGAGGCUGGCAUGCGAAGCAACCGCAGGAUGCAGCGUGGCCCAAUGACGCACAGUGAGGAUGUGGAUGCAUCGGACAACUAUGCAGACCCCGUGGACACCUUGCUGAGGUCCAGGGGCUUCCACAACGACGACAUAUACGCUGUGCCCGAUGAUGCACACAGUCGUCUGGUCAAAGUAAGAAACUCCUUCGGCGGGUUGCAUGUCCUCCACGGAGGAGGAGAGGAAGAGAACGGAUUCGACAGGAAGUGUCAGGCCGGACGGCGGGGGUCGAAAUACAAACAUCGCUCUAAAAUCCUGUUCAGCAAGACGAAGGCCUACCAAAGACGAUUCCAGUCCGACAGCGAUGGGGAGGAGUCGGGCCCCGCCAUGCAGAAAAAGAAAAAGGGAAGAGCCCACCGGGGCAGCGAGGAGGACCCGCUGCUCUCCCCUGCCGACCCCUGGAAGGGUGGGAUAGAUAACCCCGCCAUCACCUCGGACCCGGAGCAGGAGGACAAGAAGAUGAAGAAGAAGAAGAAGACGCCAAAGGAACCCAAGAAGCCAAAAUCCUCCAAGCCCCCAAAGCCUCUAUACCCCCCGACCCGGAGAACAUGGGAGAGCAACUAUUUUGGCGUUCCCCUGCAGAACCUGGUGACCUUGGACCGACCCAUCCCGCUCUUCAUUGACAAAUGCGUCGACUACAUCGAGCGCACAGGUCUGACCACAGAAGGUCUGUAUCGCGUCAGCGGCAACAAGACGGACCAGGACAACAUCCAGAAACAGUUUGAUCAAGAUCACUGUAUUGACUUCGUGGUGAUGGACGUGGCGGUGAACGCUGCUGCCGGAGCUUUGAAGGCUUUCUUCGCCGACCUGCCCGACCCUCUGAUCCCUUACAGUCUGCACCCGGAGCUGGUGGAGGCCGCAAAAAUCGUGGACUACAUCGAGCGUCUGCAGGUUUUGCGUGAGAUCGUGAAGAAGUUUCCUUCCGUCAACUACCAGGUCUUUAAAUACAUCAUCACACACCUCAACAGGGUGAGCCAGCACAGUAAGACCACCCUGAUGACGGCCGACAACCUGUCCAUCUGCUUCUGGCCGACGCUGAUGAGGCCCGACUUCGAGAACAAGGACACGCUGUCCUCCACCAAGCUGAACCAGGCCGUCAUCGAGUCCUUCAUCCUGCAGAGCGACUACUUCUUCCACGGCGGCGAGAUGGCCGAGUGCUCCGGCAGCGAGGGCACGCCGCCGCCGCACUGCCACAGCAUGGUGGAGGCUCUGCUGCAGCUGCCGCCGCCGCUGCAGCCGCAGCAGAUCCAGCACACGCUGCACCACGACCCGCUCAUCUAGGAGGUGGGGGGGAGGGAGAAAGGCAUGCUGGCAAAUACAACAAAAAAAGCCUAGGGGGUUGUUUUAACCCCGGAGGUCAUCUCCAAACGGCGGUCUGCUCUUAGAAUAAAUAAUGAAAUAACCCGUCGGUGCAGCUGCUGUUUGGAGGUGAAGGAGCUUAGAGACACAUCCACCGUUUGUUGGAUUAAUCUAAUCUGUGAGAUCGGCUCGUCCUGCGGAAAUCCCGGAUUAGAGAAUUUACAUUCGGACGUCACCUUUCUUUUGUUUUUUGGGAACUAUUCUUUUGGAUCCGACUGCCCCUUUCUUUGAGACUGAAAUUAGUCGAUGAUGGAACUGAUUUGAUCGUUUAGCAGGGUCUGACUUGGAUAAA